GCAGUCCCUGCAGCAAUCAAGUCACUGCAGCAACCAUGCCCCUUUCUUGUCCCAUUCACGACGAGACUGCCUUUGGUCCAGUCGUUGUAGCGGUUCCGGCCUGCUACAAUGGAUUCGACUUCACUCUGCUCUUUGAGGAGAUCUUCUUCUCUCUGGUCCCAAAUGUUACACUCACCAUCCUUUUGAUAUUACGAGUGUUUCAGCUUCAGAGAAGAAGACCCUGUGCAUCUACUAGCAACAGACUCGACCAAUAUUGGAUCAAGCAGAUAGCACACAUCAGUUUCAUCCACAUCAACUUCGUCAAGCUCAUCGUACUCUGUGUUUCGGCUCCGAGGACUCCCUUCUCCAUCCCCACCGCUAUCGUUGGCUUGUUCGUGGCACUAUGCGUGCCACUCCUGACCCAUCUGGAGCAUUACCGGAGUCCCCGACCAACCUCCCUCCUCUCUCUGUACCUCGGACUUGUCCUCCUCUUUGACAUCGUCCGGACCCGAACACUAUGGAUCAUCCAGGACAACCGGCCGUUUGCCAUAACCUUCUCCGUCGGAGUCGGUGUACAUCUGAUUCUCUUCCUGGUUAUCAAUAUCUGCUCCAAUGCAGCUACCACUGAUCAAAGACUCCCGCGUGAGACGAGAGCCAAUGUCUAUACCAGAGGAUUGUUCUGGUGGCUGAAUCCGCUCUUCUGGCUGGGCUCCAAGACAAUCCUCGACGUUCCACAUCUCCCAGCGAUUGACACAGAGUUACGCUCACGGGACUUCUUCGACAAAGUAUGGGAACAAUGGUCCGACUUACAUCUACGCACACCUGGCGCUCUCCUCAAGCUUCUAUUCAGCUCGCACAAGAAUCUCAUUCUCGAGGGUGUGCUGCCUCGUUUGGCACUAUCUGGUUUCACCUUUUCACAACCGUUUCUACUUUCCACAGUUGUGUCUUACGCCACUGCCACUCCAGAUUCUCGUCUGGAGAAACAGCUCGGAAACGGCCUUAUCGGAGCCACCGCCUUCAUCUACAUCGGCUUGGCCAUCGCUAAUGCCAACGCCCAGCACAAAACAUACCGUGUCAUCACCAAGCUGCGAGGUACCUUGGUUUCUCUCAUCUACACCAAGACUCUGACCGUAUCUGUUCCGACCGCACAGAAGGGAUCCGCCGUCACCCUGAUGAGCGCUGAUGUCGAACGCACUGCUACUGGAUUACGUUUCAUGCAUGAAUGCUGGGCCAGCUGCAUCGAUAUCGGUGUUGGUAUCUACCUCCUACAACGACAGCUUGGACCAGCAUCCGCCGCACCUGGUGUCGUCUUCCUGCUUUGCAGUGUAGUUGGUCUGCAGGUCGCUGCGAGUAUGGGACAGCGGCAACGUCUCUGGCUGGAAGGGAUUGAGAAGCGUAUUAAAGCAACCUCUGACACGCUCGCUGCUGUCAAGGAAGUCAGAAUGGGUGGACUGCAAGUCGUCAUGGAAGAAAAAUUGCGAGAACUCCGCCAAGAGGAGAUUAAAGCAUCUCGGAAGUUCAAGAAUGCGCUGGCCCUCAUCGUCUGUCUAUCUUAUACCACUGCAGCCAUGGGUCCUGUCCUCUCGUUUGGCAUAUAUUCUCUUUUGGCAAAGAGAAACAACACCACGCCUGUCACAAGUGAGAUUGGUUUCACCGCACUCUCCAUCUUCUCGCUGCUGCGGACUCCCAUGGCUAUGAUUCUGGAUGCAAUCUCCGGUCUUGUCGCAGCAAUUGGUGCUAUCCAGCGCAUAGGAGAGUACAUGUCCGCUGACAACAAUCGCCGCUCGAUGUCCUCGCUGAAUCUGGAAACGUUGUCGAUCACCACGAAAGAGGAUGCCUGGUCACCUAUAUGUGAUACCAAAGACAUCAUCACCGCCUCAAAUUUCUCAGCCGGUUGGAGCGAGGAGCAAGGCUUUGUUGUUCGGGAUGCCACCUUUUCUAUCACUCCAGGGUCAUUGACGUUCAUCGUCGGCCCGGUGGGUUGUGGCAAGUCGACACUACUCCAUGCAAUGCUCGAUGAAACCACCUUCAACGAAGGACAUCUCCUCACAAAUCUCAACAGCGCCGCAUUUGCGGGUCAGGCCCCAUGGCUGAUCAAUGAUACCAUUCAGAACAAUAUUGUCGCCACGAGCACACUUGAUCAGCGCUGGUAUGGCUUGGUUCUCGACGCAUGUGCUCUUCGUGAGGAUAUCGCCCGCCUCCCUAACGGAGAUCGGGAGAUUGUGGAUGACGGGGGCUCCAACCUUAGCGGUGGUCAGCAAGCCCGCGUCGGCCUCGCUAGAGCUGUGUAUUCCCGGCGGUCCCUGAUUUUCAUGGAUGAUGUCAUGAGUGGGCUUGAUGCGACUACAGAAGAGAUCAUCUUCAGCAGUCUGCUUGGACCUGAGGGCCUACUGCGGAAGAGCAACACGACGGUCGUCUUUGCCACCAAUGCUUUACAUCGUCUGUCUGCCGCAGAUCAUAUUAUUGUCUUGGCGGCCGACGGCACGAUUGCUGAGCAGGGCCCUUACUGGAAGCUAGCAUCUUCAGUCUCAGCACACGUCCAAGCCGUGAAGAAGAAUUUUGGGCAUAUCGAUUACAAAGCUAUCGCUCUAAGCGUUCCGUUGGAAACCCAAACAGCCACAGAAGUUACAGGACAGCAACGGCGCACCGGAGAUUUUACCAUUUACAAAUACUACGUUCGAAACGUUGGUUUGUUCAAUUUCACACUUUUCUUCUUUUUCGGGGCUGUUUUUGUGUUCGCUCUCAUCUUCCCGCAAUACAUUGUCGGAUGGUGGGCAGCGCACAACGUAGAACAUCCGCACAGCAGAUUGGGCCUAUAUCUCGGAACAUACUUUGGUCUCGCAUGGAUCGCCAUUGCCGGUCUGGCAGCAGGAUGCUUGGUGCUCAUCAUCAACAUGAUGCCGCGUGCUUCUUCAGCCUUUCAUAAUGUGCUUUUGCGGACCACUCUCGACGCACCACUCUCACUCUUCUCAGGCGACAACGUUGCUCACCUUCUCAAUCGGUUUAGUCAAGACCUUCAACUUAUCGAUAUGGAAUUGCCGCUGGCUCUCUUCAAUACUUCAAUAGAGCUGCUGUCGACGUUUGGCAAUCUCAUCGUGAUUGCGGUAUCAUCUGGCUAUAUCGCUGCCACCAUGCCAGCGGUAUUGAUGGUCUUCUUCCUCCUGCAGAAGUUCUAUCUCCGCACGGCUCGUCAGCUUCGUCUCCUCGACAUUGAAGCAAAAGGUCCACUCUUCUCUCAUUUCCUGGAAACACUGUCCGGACUGGCCGCUAUUCGAGCGUACAACGCCCAAAAAGACUACAAACGUCGAUUUCUAGAGAGACUCGACUACUCACAGAAGCCUUUUUAUCUUCUCUACUGCGUUCAACGCUGGCUCAAUCUCGUCCUUGACUCUGUCGUCGCAGGUAUUGCCAUUGUUUUCAUAGCCAUUGCCGUUCAAACCAAAGGCCACAUUGCCCCAGGUCUGAUCGGAACAGCACUCGUUAGUAUCAUCAAUUUCGGUGUUAGUACCAAAGCUCUUCUCGAAAACUGGACAAACCUCGAAAUGUGCAUCGGUGCGGUCUCUCGCAUCCGCACCUUUGCUCUCACAACUCCUUCCGAACACCAAUCAACCGAAAUCUGUGUGCCUCCGCCCGACUGGCCCUCCCAAGGCCACGUCAGCUUCUCCAGUCUGACCGCAUCCUGGAAAGACCGCCCAACCAUCAACAAUUUCUCCGUGGAGGUCUCACCUGCUUCCAAAACGGCUCUUAUCGGCGCCUCAGGCUGCGGAAAGUCCACCAUUCUCUCUUCGCUACUUAACCUCGUCCCCCAGACCAGCGGCAUCAUAUCCAUAGAUGGCAUCCCACUUUCCAUGAUUGGCCGUCAAGCGCUACGUGAGCGUCUCCUCACAUUACCUCAAGCGCCCUUCCUGCUGCCUCACAGCUCAAUACGAAAGAACCUGAAUCCCUUUGACCUAAUGAGCAUAUCCGAUGAUGACAUCUACGACAUCCUCACCAAACUCAACAUAUCAACACUCGUAGCCAACCUGCCCAGCGGUCUUGACACGAGUACCUCUGACGCAACAUUUUCCAUCGGCCAGAAACAGUUAUUAUGUCUUGCGCGAGUCAUUCUUCGACACCAACAUAGCGGCGCAGGAAGGAAACUCUUGGUCAUGGAUGAGGCUACCGCGAGUUUGGAUUUCGAAACCGACAAGAUUGUACAACGGGUGCUUAGGGAGGAGGUCUUUGGAAACGAUAUGACUGUUCUCGUUGUUGCACAUCGUAUGGAGGGUAUCAGGGACUUUGAUUGUUUUGUUGAGAUUGGGGAGGGCGGUCGCGUACGUGAUGUAAGAUCGAGUCUGGAGAGAAAGAAGAAGUAG